AUAAUCCCAGUAAAGUGAUAACAUAGGAAGUACACGCAUGAUUUAAAACGGCGUUAAACAACAAGUUUAACAAAAUGUUUCACAAAAUAAAAAUAAUAACAAUGCUAUUAUUAUGUGCAGAAUCAAUGGCAAAAGAUCAGAAAGAACAUGCUGGUGUUGAGAAAUUGCUUAGCCGAGUUCGUCGGCAGACUGCAAUAGAUCUUGGCGGGGAAUGUGAUAACACAGUCAUGUGCCAGAUGGGUAACGGAGGACAAAAUUCACAAUGUGCAGUUCCACCAAUGGAUGAAGGUACAAGAUGUUUGUGUUUACCAGGAUUUGAGUCGAACCCAAUAUGUUUACCGUCUUGUACAUCGAAUUCUGAUUGCCCAUUAACUAAUAUGUGUGUAAAUGGCGAGUGUUCUCCUCCGUGUCCUCCAACACCGUGUAAUCUGGGAACGUGUCCACCCCCACUUCUUUGUAAUGGCAACAACGUAUGCGUGCCCGAUUGUCGAGCUAUACUGCCUCUGGUUCCAACAACCCCCGCCCCAACUACCACAACACCAGCUCCACCCACUACCACGCCUUCGGGAGGAGGGACCACUUCUGGACCACCGAUAGUUGAUACGCCCCCGAUUUUAGGAUGUAAUCAACCUAAUGGUGAAAGAUGUCAAUCUGAUAUGAACGCUGUAUGUACGAACAACGUCUGCGUGUGUAUUCCUGGAACAAUACUUUUCAACGGAAAUUGCGUACCUGGUGGAGGUCCUCAUCAGCCUUGUGAUUCAAAUAAUCAGUGUCCACUUGACAGGAACGCUAUCUGUAAUACAAAUACAGGAUUGUGUGAAUGUAGACCUGGUACAACGUUAUUUGACGGAUCAUGCGUCAUAACGGGCCUUCCUGGCGGCAUGUGCGAAUUUGGAGAAUGUCCCGGGGAUUUGAACGCCGUUUGUGUUACUGAGCAUGGGAUUGAGCUCUGUGUAUGUAAACCUGGUACAACAAAGAUAGAAAGCUCGUGCUUACAAGACGGUGCCGUCGGGGGCAGGUGCGAUGGUGACGGCUUCAUGUGUACACGGGACCAGUAUGCUGAAUGUAAGCAAGGUGAACUUUUUGGUAUAUGUCAAUGUAUAGAGGGAGCUAGGCCAAUUGAAGCGAUGUGUGUAUUAGAUGGCGUUGUUGGCGGUAAAUGUAAUGGACAGUACAAGGACUUAUGCACUAGAGAUACAAACGCCGAAUGUAUGGAUGGAUACUGCGUUUGUAAACCCGGCACUAAAAAGGUGGAAGGCUCGUGCGUUGAAACUGGAAAGGCCGGGACAGAGUGUACAGAUAUUGGUUAUUGUCCUUAUGAUAUACUAGCAUCAUGCUCGUCCAAUAAAUGCACGUGUAAUAUUGGGUCCGUGAAAAUGGGAGACAACUGUGUGGCAGAUGGCUAUGACGGUGGGUACUGCUCGCAUGGUAAAUGUUUUAACAAGUACUCGAUAUGUGACUGGGCUACGAAUAGAUGUGUAUGUCGGCAUGACAGUACGGCUGUGGCUGGGAAGUGUGUUAGUUUUGACUUUUUAUACUGGAUUCAUGUCAACGUAAAUGUGUAUGAUCCAUAUCAGAAAGGCACCGGAUCUCCAGAGCUUAUACACAUACAUGUGUAAUUUUUGUUACGAGAGUCAACAUAUUGGAGAAAACUUUUUGGCAAACUUCGCAUCUUUCCGACAAACUUCGCAACUUUCCGGCAAACUUCGCAACUUUCCGGCAAACAUCGCAACUUUCCGGCAAACAUCGAAACCUUCCGGUAUAGCAAACAUCGCAUGUAGCAAACAUCGCAUCUUUCUCCUAGCAACUUUUGAAACUUUUUAAAAACAGAAAAAGCGUAAAUACAAGGAGCAAAAACUGUUUGUCAACUCGUUAUUUACGCAAAAGAUAUAUGUUAUUGAGAGUUACGCAGUUUGUCGAGUCUGCGCAGUUUGAAUGGACUAUCUAAUGUAUAAGAACUACCAUAUGCUGGACCUUUAUUAACGUAUUUAACAUUUAAGAAUUUCAGUGUCAUUUGAAUAAAAGAUUCAAAUCUGUA